AUGUCUCAAACACUUUAUAAAGGCACUUUGAGUUAUAUACGUGCCUUUGCUUGUUCUCGAACUACAUCCGUUCGUUUUCUAAAACGCACAUAUAUAAAACCUUCGAAACUUAGUGGCAUUUUUGCUUCCAACCUUACAAGGAAUAGCAUGUCAGAAUCCACAUAUUCCAAGAUACUUACUUUUGAAACAAUAAAUCCUCAUAUUAAGAAUGUCGAAUAUGCCGUUCGAGGUGAAUUAGCAAUCCGUGCCGAAGAAAUUAAGGAAGAGCUUGCCAGAAAUGGUUCUGGUAGAUUCGGUUUCGAUACUGUUGUGAAUUGCAAUAUAGGCAAUCCACAGCAACUUCUACAGCCACCGAUUACUUUCUUCCGUCAGGUUGCCUGUUUAACGGAAUAUCCUGAUCUUUUAUUACCGGAAAAUCGUGAUCGUGUGAACGCGCUUUUUCCUUCGGAUGCCAUUGAACGCGCCCAACUGUUGCUAAAACAAAUUGGAAGUGUCGGUGCAUAUUCUCAUUCACAAGGUAUCCCUUUCAUUAGGAAAGACGUCGCAAAGUUCAUCGAAGAACGUGAUGGAUUCCCAUCCGAUCCAAAUAACAUCUUUUUAACCCAAGGUGCUUCAACGGGUGUACAAAAUGUGUUACAACUUAUUAUCGCAGAUUCCAAUGUUGGCAUUAUGAUACCUAUCCCGCAAUACCCUCUUUAUAGCGCUACAUUAUCACUUUUUGAUGCACAGCCAGUACCGUAUUAUUUAAAUGAAGAAGAGAAUUGGAGUUUAGAUAUUUCUCAGCUAACCUCAUCCCUUUCCAAAGCACGUGACAAAGGAUUAGACGUUCGUGCACUAGUUAUCAUUAAUCCUGGUAACCCAACAGGACAAUGUUUAACUGAACAAAAUAUGCGUGAAAUAAUUGAUUUUUGUCAUCAACAACAUAUUGUUCUUCUUGCUGAUGAAGUAUACCAAACAAAUAUAUAUCAACCCACCGAACGUCCUUUCCAUUCCUUUAAAAAAGUGCUAAGAUCUAUGGGUAGUAAAUAUGACCAACUUGAAUUGUUUUCUUUCCAUUCUGUUUCAAAAGGUAUGAUAGGUGAAUGUGGACGAAGAGGUGGCUACUAUGAAUGUACUGGUAUCGACAAACAAGUUAUGGAUCAACUUUAUAAGGUUGCAUCUGUUGGCCUUUGUCCGAAUGUUCCAGGACAAAUCAUGGUUGAUUUGAUGGUGCGUUCACCGAAACGUGGUGAUAAAAGCUAUCCAUUAUUUCAAAAAGAAAUAAGUAGUAUAUAUGAAAGCUUAAGAAGACGAAGUAUCAAAUUAAGUGAAUUGUUCAAUUCUUUGGAAGGAGUUACAUGUAAAGAUGCUCAGGGGUCCAUGUACUUGUUCCCAAGAAUUAGGCUUCCAGUCAACGCAAUAGAAGCCGCUAAAGCGGCAGGAAAACAACCCGAUGAAUUUUAUUGCUUAGAAAUGCUUAAUGUUACAGGUGUAUGUGUUGUACCAGGUAGUGGAUUUGGUCAAGAAGAUGGUACAUGGCAUUUUCGUAGUACAUUCUUACCACCUGAAGAAUUGUUUGAUGGGUUUUGCGAAAGAUUGAAAAAUUUUCAUAGAGAAUUCCUAGCAAAGUAUAAUUGA